GCGCGCCCGCCUGGAAGGUGGUCUGGGAAGCGUGCGCAUGCGUGUAGCGGGCGCUGGUGCGGGGGCCGCUGGUGCCGGGUGGCAGCAGCGGAGCUGGAGGCGGUGGCCACAGUGCCCGGGAGCUAGCUGUGCUGCAGGAGCUGCAGCAGCUGCUGGCUCUGCACAGAAGUAACCUCUUGGGCCAGCCCUUCCUCACUCUCUGGAGAUGGCAGGUGAAAUCACAGAGACCGGGGAGCUCUAUUCUCCUUACGUCGGGCUAGUGUACAUGUUUAACCUCAUCGUGGGCACAGGCGCGCUCACCAUGCCCAAGGCCUUCGCCACUGCUGGGUGGCUCGUCAGCCUCAUCCUGCUGGUGUUUGUAGGCUUCAUGAGCUUUGUGACAACCACUUUCGCUAUGGAGGCCAUGGCUGCAGCCAACGCCCAGCUCCGCUGGAAGAGGAUGGAGAUCCACAAGGAAGAGGAUGACGAAGACUCAUCCACAGCCUCAGACAGUGAUCUCCUCAGCCAAGACAGCUACGAGAGAGCAGAGAAACGCCCCAUCCUGUCUGUGCAGAGACGCUCAUCGGCCAACCUUUUUGAAAUCACAGACCGGGUGGAAAUGGGACAGAUGGCUUCCAUGUUCUUCAAUAAAGUGGGGGUCAACUUGUUCUAUUUCUGCAUCAUUACUUACCUGUACGGAGACCUCGCCAUCUACGCGGCAGCUGUGCCCGUGUCCCUCAUGCAGGUGACCUGCAGUGUCUCCGGAAAUGACUCUUGCGGUGUGGAUACAGACGCCAAAUACAACGACACUGAUCUGUGCUGGGGGACCCUGCGCCGGGUGGAUGUCUACCGGAUCUAUCUGGCUGUCUUUACCGUCCUCCUUGGUCCGUUCACCUUCUUUGAUGUCCAGAAGACUAAGUACCUGCAGAUCUUGACCUCUCUGAUGAGAUGGAUCGCCUUUGCCAUCAUGAUUGUGCUGGCCCUGGUGCGCAUUGGGAAAGGACAAGGAGAGGGGCACCCACCCCUAGCCAACUUCUUGGGGGUCCAGAACCUGUUUGGGGUGUGUGUCUACUCCUUCAUGUGCCAGCACUCCCUGCCGUCCCUCAUCACCCCCAUCUCCUCCAAGCGCCACAUCACACGGCUGCUGUUCUUGGACUACGCGCUGAUCCUGGCCUUCUAUGGACUCCUCUCCUUCACAGCCAUCUUCUGCUUCCGUGGCGACAGCCUCAUGGACAUGUACACCCUCAACUUUGCAAGGUGUGACGUCGUGGGCCUUGCAGCAGUUCGGUUCUUUCUGGGCCUCUUUCCGGUGUUCACCAUCAGCACCAACUUCCCCAUCAUUGCAGUGACCCUGCGCAACAACUGGAAGACCCUCUUCCACCGUGAAGGUGGCACCUACCCGUGGGUGGUAGACCGAGUGGUGUUCCCCACAAUCACCCUGGUGCCUCCAAUCCUGGUGGCCUUCUGCACCCAUGACCUGGAGUCCCUAGUGGCCAUUACAGGAGCCUACGCGGGCACAGGCAUCCAGUAUGUCAUCCCUGCCUUCCUGGUGUACCUCUGCCGCAAGGACAUCCAGCUGACCUUCGGCUAUGGAACCGUCAACAAGCACAGGUCCCCGUUCUGCCACACCUUCUGGGUGGCCUUUGUGCUGCUGUGGGCCUUCUCCUGCUUCUUCUUUGUCACAGCCUACAUCGUCCUCAAGGAGACCCAACUCUGAUAGCAGCGGCGUCUCACAACAGGAGGCAGAGACAGCCCAGACCCAGAGCAGGCUUUAGCCGCCGCCCAGGCCUGCGUGAGUGUGAGCGUGCUAGGCUGGGGCUCUUGGAGAGGGCCUUCUACAUCUCUAGCUGCUGUCUUCUCCCCACCCAGGAAGUCACCCUGCAGGACAGCCCUCCUGUGUGGGAACACAGUUGUCACACACAUUCCUCCACUCAUGCCACUGGAGGCUGGCUCCCUCCUCCGCAGUGGAGGGGACAGUGCUGACCCUGCUGUUAUUUAUACUGACCCUGUGCCCCCUCCAGCAUCCCCGACCGUCCAUCCGACCGUCCACUAGCAGCUGCUGCCUCUUCAAAGGCCAAUCCCAGGCCCUGGCUCUCCUAACCUGGCCUGCUUGGGAAGGGCAGGGCCCUCUUCCCUGCCAAUCCUGGCAGUUGCUAAGUUGUCCUGCCCCCCACCCCCAUGGGAGGCCUGGCCAGCUCUAGUAGCGAGGACAGGAAGUGCUAAUUGGCACCAGGGUCCCUAGGCAAGAGCUGUGAGAACUUGUGCUGUGGGUGCCAGCUCUGGCACCCACAGCAAACAGAUAAAGUAUCAUUUCACAGGGUUUAGAGCCCUUUCCUUGGGUCCCUGAGAGGGGCCCUCUGUCUCCUGGCUUCUCCUUUGGAGCCCAGGGGCCCCCUGAAAUGUGGGGUACCACUUGAGAAGCUGUAUCACACACACACACACACACACACACACACACACACACACACACACAGUGGCUGACCGCUCUGGACUUAACAACAAACAGAAAGAGCACAGAGUGACCUUCUGCAAAAGGUCAGGCUGGUGUUAGGCAGCCCAGCUUGCUGCCAGGCUGCAUUGCAACACUGAGGUGGGGCCCUUAGGAGCCUGGUCAUGGGUGCUCAGUGGCCACGCUUGCUCUCCAAGUCCCUGGCUACUGUGGAGCUGGAGGGGUUGCGGACCACCAUUCUGUGGAAGGAGGCCAGACUCCCAGCUGCCUCCUGUUGAGUCAUACAUGCACCGGCUAGGCCCAAUGCCUUGGAAUGAUGAGUGACUGAUGAACUGCAUUUUCGAUGUGCCUUCUGCUUUGGGCACCAGGGAUCUCUCCUGACCCUGACUUGCCCCAGCCCUGGGCCUAGUCCCACCUGCCCUGGACAGACUGCCUCAGGGGUGGAGGGUCUCAGACCCCUGCCCCUCCCUCUUGAUUUCAGUGCCUUGCUUCAUCCUAGUGAGAGAACUUUGGCCAGCCACCUCUCCCCUUCCACAUCUCGCCAUAUUUAAAGCUUGCACUCUGCUUUGGAUGUCCCAGAACCCAGGGGACUGUGCAGAACCUGCCAACAAUGUGGAACCUACUGGCAGCACCUGCCACCUCUGUUCGCAGCAUCCCUGCCUCUAAGCAUGUCCAGAUCAAGGUGAGCCAGGCUGCAGCUUCUCACGGCUGUCCCACAUCAAUAGUUCCAUCCACAAGGAAGACAGACAUCCCUACGACAGCAUGUGCAGCAUCUUCCCAGGAGACCCUGCCCCACAGUGCGCCAAAUAAGGAAGGCAAUACAAUAGCAAGCCCAGAAGUAAGGGACAACUGCCCAUGUCAUCCAUGCCCCACCCCACCCCCAUCUCAGGCUGUUUGCUGAGAACUCAAUUAAAACAUCUGUACUUACCCUUCUCCCUCUUGCUUAAGGACAAAGCAAAUUAAAUCUCCCUACUGCUACACACACACCUCACCCCACCCCCAGGCUCCAAACUGAAUUUUGUUGGAAAAUUUAUUAGCAUCAUAAAGCCCAAGUUGAUUUAUGUGGCAAUCUGGAGCCACUCACUGCGGCUGCUGCAUUCCCCACCCCCAGGUUAAGUUAGGGAAGCCCUUGCCUAAGCAAGAAGAGGGACCGCCUGGCCGUAUCUCUGAUGCCAAGCCAACCCUUCCCAUUGUCUGUUUUCUUUGUUCCUUCAUCUCCACCUAUUGCCUGACUUGCUAGAAGUUCCAUGAGAUCUUACCACACCAGGCCUCUGUCACUGGUAGCUAGGAGAGUUGGGGCACAGAGAGAGGACUCAGAGGGCUUAGCAUCUGUGGGUAUCAUUUGUUUACACACACACACACAUGCAUACACAUGCGCGCGCACACAGAGGCAUCAAGCACACUAAAUAUUUGUCUAUUGCCUGGGUAAGGUGAUAGGCUAGGUCAUGGUAUCUGCAAAGAGGUCCUGGGGUUCGUGGUCGAGGACAGCAAUGAGCCCACUCAGCCUGGCCCCAGGUCUGAAUUUCAGAGUCUGAAAUUCAGAAUGCAGUUGUCACUGCCAUCUUUCUGCAUUGCUGCGGACCUGUCCUGAGGGCAGGGCAGGUCAAGGUGGGAAUGAUCGCUCUCCACAGAUCACCAGGCCCAGCUGAGCCUCAGUGCCAGGAGCUCUGGCUGUGCCUCACCUGAGGCUGGUAGAUAGGGCAGAUGGCAGGUGACAGGCUGUGAGGCACUGCGGAGUGGUAAAAAGUGGCAGUGGGCACCAGGCCAGGCCCAAAGCCACACAGCUGUCCUCACCACAUGGGGCCAAGAGCAGCCUCAGCAACAGGCAGUGGCUCUCUCUUGGGGCUCCAGCUGAAGAGAAGUAGCUGGUGGUUCCAGACCCAGGGGCAGAGGAAGGCUGACGACUGCCUAGGGAGUAAAGUGCCAAGCAAGUGUGCAGGGCUGCUGCAAAGCUGACUGUCAACAGCCAGGUGGAGGCAAGCCGUCAACCUUCCUCCCGGGGGCUGCAUGCCUGGCCCAGUGCUGGAUACACUGUGAGGACCAGACUGUCAUAACCCCCACACCCCAUACCCCUAAGCAGCAGGCAUCUGUAACCCUCCCUCUGGUGGGGCCCUCCAGAUCAUAGGCCAUGGAAACUAAAGGACUGAGCUUAUCCCAGCACCGAGGUCCUUAAUAAAGCUGCUAUUACCCA